UUCAGAUCUGAUCAGUUUCCAAUCGGAGAGCUAUUAUCACGGUCUUGCCAUGAAUCGUUGGUUGAAUCGCGUUGCCGUCGUCACUGGGGCCAGUGCUGGAAUCGGAGAAGCAUGCUGCCGGGACCUGGUGGCCAAGGGGAUGGUAGUCGUGGGCCUGGCCAAGGGUGGAGCCGAUGUGCUAAUCAAUAGUGCCGGAAUAGUGCGAAAAAUCAACAUCACGGAUGAGGGGAACUCGGACGAUGUGCGGGCCAUUCUGGAUGUCAAUGUGCUGGGUGUGACCUGGUGCACCCGGCAGAUGUUCAUAUCGUUGCAGUGCCGCAACGUAAACGACGGCCAUGUGGUGUUCAUCAACAGUGUGGUGGGUCACCAUGUGCCCGCCGUGAAGGAUUUCAGCCUGAACAUGUAUGCGCCGUCCAAGCACGUGAUCACAGCUUUGACCGAGAUCCUGCGCCAGGAGUUCAACAAAAAAUGGACCAAGACCAAGAUUACGAGCGUCAGUCCCGGCGUGGUGGACACGGAAAUCUUCGAAAGCGGAUCUUGGGAGUAUCCCAGUGGCAUGCCCAUGCUGCAAUCGGCCGAUGUGGCCGACGCAGUGUCUUAUUGCAUCCAAACGCCGCCAAAUGUUCAGAUACACGAGCUCAUUAUCAAGGUGAAGCCUUCUGAUGUGUCAAAGAAGUCUAGUAUGCACUCGUCAUAAAGCAAAUAAACAAAG